AGCUUUGAAGUUCCCCUUGAUUUUCUUAGACUCUCCGGCCUGCACCUACGCGCUCUUUCAAGGAGGUCGGCAUGGAGAACCUUGAGGUCGGCAUGAAGCUGCACGCCAUGUGGCUCAACUGGCGGUACUACUAUGCAGAGAUCAUCAACAUCAAGAAGAAGAAAAAGAAGGCUCCAGUGAAGGUGCACUACAUGGGCUAUGAAGGCUUCGAUGCCUGGUUGUCUCUGGACAUGCUCAAGUGCAAGGCAUUGAAAGGGGCCAGCAAGGCACUGGCCAAGGAGAAGGCGCCAGCCAAAGUAGCUGCUCCGAAGGUUCAGAUGGACUCAGGCUUGGAGAAGGGCCGCCUCCAGGCGGAAGCCGAGGGCAAGUACGCAGCCGAGGAUGGCUCUUUGGAUACGGCCUUCGCAGAGGCUAAGGGAGAGGAUCUGGAGAACCUGCGGAAGGCAGCCGCUCACACCUUGCUGCUCGCCGCGGCAGAUGGGCGCUUGGAAGAGGUCCUGCAAGGUGGCCCACCGCCUUUGCCUGACAAGGACAACGCACUGCGGCAGCAGGCGCGGCAACUCCUGACCCAAGCUGCGCAGGAAGCCAUCAAGAGCAUCACGGCGAUGAUGCUUCCGGUCAGCCGCCGAGGGCGCAGCAGGAGCCCGCGCAUCAGACGGCAACGUGAGCGCAAAAAGAGAGGAAGAAGCCCAGGAGAUUUGCUGAGACUCGAUCAGACGGAGUGCCUCCGACGCCCACGGUCGCUGCAGCUCAAGUGAUCUCACUUGGUGCCUUUUUGUGAAUAGCUUUCAUUCCAAUUCGCGUUCUUCCAGAGCAAAUGAAUGGCUUCGACCAAGCUGAUCAUG